AUGCAGUGGGUCCCCUAAGUAUCCCUCUGGGAUGUAUGAAAACUAUACUAAGUUCUUUACAAAAAAGAAUACGACCAAGGAACGAGUUUUUCACGAAAGCCAUCCAAAUCGCACAUUAUGGCCCAAACGGAGCACGGUAUAGCCAGCAUUCAGAUGUUUCUCCGCUUUUCCGUCGAUAUUGAACCCAAGAUGAAUAGAAUGGUGGUAUUUCGCAGCGAUCUUCUCCAUCAAGUGCUUCCAAGCUACUUUGAUCGAUAUGCAAUGACCCUCUGGGCACAUAAUCAAGAGACAUUGGAUAGCCGGGAUUUCUUACAAGUAGCAAACCUACCAUCCAUUUUCGUCAGCGUUCCAGCAUACAGAGACCCAGAUACAAACAAAACCAUCGUAAAUCUUUUUGAUACUGCGACAUAUCCCGAACGAAUCAAAGUGGGUGUAUUGUACCAGGAUGCUAAGGACGAACCAUGGGAACACAGCGAAAUACCUCGCAAGUAUCAAAACUACAUAAAAUCUCUGCACUGGUCAAACGAAUAUGCUAGAGGACCACUCAUUGCACGAGCCGUUAUCCAAGAACAACUAUACAGUAAUGAAGAUUAUUACAUGCAGAUUGAUUCGCAUAUGCGAUUCGCACAAGGUUGGGACGAAGAACUAUUGCACAAUCUCUCGAAAUGCCAUGACCCUCAAAAAAGUAUACUUUCAACUUAUCCACCGACCAUCAUCGAUGAUACUCUCAUUCCCAUACCGGGCCCAGUUCUACUUUAUCCAACGCAUUUUGACUCAGAUGGAAUGCUGAGAAUUAAAGGAACAUCAGUGGAUGCGUCAGAAUCUCCAAGAUCACAUAUGUUCGCAGCGGCUGGAUUUCUGUUUUCGCCAGGCAAACUGGUGUUUGACUUGCCAUACGACAAAAAUCUGGAGUGCUUAUUCUUCGGUGAAGAAACUCUCUUGUCGCUUAAUAUAUGGAUGAAAGGAUGGAGCAUUUAUUCACCAUGGUGCGCAAGAGGAUACGGAACCACCUGUUGGCACAAAUGGGAUCGAUCGUAUCGUAGAACCUUAUGGCAAGAUUUCGGAAACUCCGAAAGCAUGAUGAAGAAGAGAUCCGACUCACAGCAAAAAGUUCAUGCCUAUGUGCAACAGCUCAAGUACGAAAAUGGUAAUCAGAAUGAACGAACGUUGAGCUCAUUCGAAAAGGCCGCCGGUGUAUAUUUUGAAGAACGCAGAGUAGUAAACGAUAUACAACGUCAGCCAGAUGCGGCUGGGAAAAUUACGGAAAACGCCCAAUGAUUUUGUUAUAUGCAUUUGUCUCGCAUCAAGGUUCUUGAACCUUUUUCACUGGUCAAUCUCAAGUUCAAGCUAUCAGUCCUUAUUUCCGCCGAGAUGAAGGAAGCGAUCACUGAUAGCGUGGCUGAA